GGGAUGGCCGCCAGUGUCCGGCUUCAGCCCGGCCCCGAGUGCCUGUUCGACGAGCCGCUCCAGGUGCGGGUGAGCGGCCUCUCCCCGCUCCAGCAGGUCACCAUGAAGGCGUGGCUCAGCGACGAGAAGGGGCAGCUUUUUCACUCCUUGGCUUUCUACAGGGCGGACGGCCAGGGGGAGCUGGACCUGGACCACUCCCCGUCCCUGGGUGGACACUACACCGGCACCCAGCCCAUGGGGCUCUUCUGGUCGCUCAGCCCCCGCACACCUUUCACUCGCCUGGUCAAGAGGGACGUGGCCACUUCUCUCGCUGUCCACAUCGAGGUGUUUGAUGGACACCGGAGCCUGGACCAGCUCCCAGUGCAGCCUUUGGCCGCCUCUAUCAAUCAACGCUGGUUUAUGAAAGCAGGGGUGAGCAGGAUCCCAGUGAGAGAGGGCAGGGUCCGAGGGACCCUCUUCAUCCCGCCUGGAAAUGGGCCAUUUCCAGGAGUGAUUUCCAUGAACGAAAUACAAGGUGGAUUGUCAGAAUACAGAGCCAGUCUUCUGGCAAACCAUGGUUUUACUACACUGGCGUUAGCCUACCUAUGUUAUGAUGACCUUCCAGAAGAUGUGAUAAACUUUGACUUAGGAUAUUUCGAAGAAGCCGUGAAUUUUUUGAGGCAGCAUCCAAAGGUUAAAGGUCCUGGCAUUGGAGCAGUUGGACUAUCAAAAGGUGCGGAUUUGGUUCUCUCGAUGGCCACCUUUCUACCAGAUGUGCGAGCGGCCGUUGUCAUCAAUGGAUGCACUACAAGUGCUAUAUAUGGAUUGUGCUUUAAAGAUAAACUGAUUUCUACUGGUCUGGGCUACACUAUAAGCCGAAUGCAGAUUGCAGAUUCAGGCGUUGCAGACAUAUUUGAAAUAAUAAAUGAAGUUAAUGAGGACAGUAUAAUCCCAAUAGAAAAUGCUGAGGGUACCAUCCUGUUUAUUGUUGGGGAAGAUGAUAAGAACUGGAAUAGCAAAUUCUUUGCUGGUGAGACCAUAAAAAGAUUGAAAGAACAUGGAAAAGAUAAUUUUGAGAUCCUCAGUUAUCCAGGGGCUGGACAUUAUUUGGAGCCUCCGUUUUUCCCCUUUUGCUAUGCCUCCUACCACUCUGUGAUAGGUGCACCUACAAGGUGGGGAGGGAAUGCCAAGGCACAUUCAUUUGCACAGGAAGACUUGUGGUCAAAAGUUCAGGCAUUUCUCAAAAGAAUCCUAAACCAGUAGAGGGCAGCAAAGAGGAAACUGAGAAAUUGUCCGAUGGCGGAGUGCUGACAGAAUGAUGAUCUUCAUGUUACUGUUUGAAUAAUAUCUACCACUGCAUUUUCUAUUUGUUUUUGCCUA